UUGACUAGGCACUAUAUAAUUGUUGCAUAAUCUCUUCUUCAUUUCACAACUUCAUCUCAUCUAAUACUCUUUCUCUACACUUGAUCUUCUUUUCAAUUUUAACCAACAACUUUUGUUAAUUGGUUAUCAUAAUUAAGCUUCAGUAAAAAUGAUGAAAGUAGUGUUGAAGGUGGAUUUAUAUGAUGACAGAACCAAGCAAAAAGCCAUGAAGACAGUCUCUGGCAUUUCAGGGAUAGAAUCGGUUUCUGUGGACAUGAAAGACAAGAAAUUAACCUUAACAGGAGACAUUGAUUCAGUACAUGUAGUAAGCAAACUAAGGAAGUGGUGCCAUACUGAUAUAAUCUCUGUUGGUCCUGCAAAAGAGGAGAAGAAAAAGGAAGAAUCUAAGCUGGAUGUGAAGAAGGAUCAAAUUCAAUUAAUUGAAACAUAUCCACUUUAUUAUCAGAUGCCACAACCACAAUUCAUUCAAUAUUCCUCUGUUGCAAGAUUUGAACAAGAUCCUAUUGGUUGUGUCAUUUGCUGAAUUUCAAUAUACUAAGAGAAAGAUGGUGUCUUUUUUUUUUUAUUUUAUGGAUUUUUUUCUCAAAUUUUUUAGUGAUUUAGAAUAACCAUGUAACAUAUUAAAAUAAAAUUGAAGUUUAUGAAUGGUGUUCAAUUGUGCAAACAGAGUA